AUGGAGAGUAGAUUUACUUUACGAAAAGCUUGUGACUGUGGGAAAAACAUGAACUGCACGUUCAAACCAAGAAUUCUGUCAGAUGGAAAGAAGUGCGUUUGUCCUACUGGUUACAUAGAUGUUGCUGGAAAGUGCAAAGGUGGCUGUCGUCUUACUCCUUGUAAAAGAGGAACUUGCGAAGAUGGACCAGGAACCACGUACAAAUGCAUUUGUCCAGAAGGUUACUUUGGAGAUAAAUGUGAAAUAAAAGAUUUAUGUUUAUCGAAUCCUUGUGAAAAUGGAGCCACCUGUACCAUGAUCGGAGCUACCAAGAACUGCACUUGCCCAGUACCUUAUUCUGGACCAAACUGUGAAAAAAAUCCUUGCUUUUCGAAGCCUUGUAUUAACGGAGGAAACUGCACGGUGGCGGGAAGUACUUUUAAAUGUUCCUGCAAAACGCCUUAUUAUGGUUCAAAGUGCGAAAAUGAUCCGUGCACCAAAAAGCCUUGCCAUAAUGGAGGAAAUUGCAGUGUUUCAGGACAGUCAUUUAAAUGCAAAUGCAAGUUGCCUUACUUUGGGGAUCUCUGCGACAAUGAUCCAUGUAGUUCAAGCCCUUGCAAGAAUGGUGGCACUUGUAAAGUUACUGGUGAUUCCUAUAAAUGUGAAUGCAAGGAUCCUUUUUACGGUGAUAUGUGCGAAAAAAAGGAGUGCACAUGUGAAAAUGGCAAAUGUAUUGACACAAACAAUGGAACAAAGUGUGUCUGCAACCCAGAGUAUGGUCCAUACGAAGAAGGCGUUUGCAAAGCUUGUCAUUGUGGCCCAGGAGCAAACUGCACAUUUGAUGUUGGUUUCUGGUUAGACGACAUUCAUUGCAUUUGUCCUUCAGGAUAUAAGGUUGAAGGGGAAAAAUGCAUACCAUAUGUUAUCCCGUCUUCGUCUGCUGGAACUACUACCGAAAUGCCUUCCAGAAAGACCGAAACUGCUCAAUCUCCUUCCGAAGGCGUAGUUACAGAAUCGCAGACAACCCCUGCCAGCACAACUGUUCUUUUUCCGUCCAGUUCUUCUGGAACUACUACCAGAUUGCCAUCGACAUUAAACGAGACUGAAGGGUCAACCUCCGUGUCCUUAGCUACAGAAUCACAGACAAACCCCACAAACACAACUGAUGCUACUCCUACGACGGCUGAAACUGAAACAAUUACAGUAACCGGAGAUACGAAGUACUCCGUUACCAAUUCCGAAACUACGAUCACCAGAACUGAUUCAACAAGGGUUUUUGAUCCUUGCGAACCUAAUCCGUGCUACAAUGGUGGCACCUGCAAGAUCAUCAAUGAAAUGAUCUACUGCUUUUGCCGAGAUUCUUACGGUGGUCGGUUUUGCAGAGAAGGGAAAUGGUGCGCUGAAGGUUGGGGUGCUACGUUGUGCCCACAUGACUGCAACUUCAAUUUCACGACAAAUAUAGGACGAUGUGUAUGUCUACCAGGACAGCUGUACAAUCACAACCUGAAAAAAUGUGAAGCGGUGGAUAUGUGUCCAUACAUGUCAGAUCAAUGUAAAGGAAAGAACGAAAUUUGCUUGAACAGCACAUGCCAAUGUGAAGAAAAUUACAAAAGAAAUGAUAAAAACGAAUGUGUUCCAAACUUUUGUGAGAGUAAGUUUAAUCCUUGUGGGUCAAACGCCAUAUGCGAAGAUGUAGCAGAUCAGCCAAAGCAUAUGAAGUGCAGUUGCAAAGAUGGUUAUACAUCCAUUGGUUCUUCGUGUGAGAAAAUUAAUAAGUGCAGCGUACCUGGUGUCCUUCGUUGCCAGCAUACCUGUAAUAUUUCAACAGAAACAUGUGAAUGCUUACCUGGAUAUAAGUUACUUCCUAAUGGAAUAUCAUGUGAAGCAAUUGACCAAAAUACAACUUGUACGAAAGCUUGUGGCGUGGGUGUUUGCAAGAAAACUGGGACUGAUGAGGAAUGUGUGUGUCCCUCCACACAUACCUGGAACGGAACCACCUGUGUUGAUCUCUGCACCUUCAACCAGGGUAUAAAAUUUUGCCCCGGAGGAAAAUGUACCCCUGACAAAACGGUAGGCUUCAAAUGCGUGUGUGAAGGCCCGUAUUUAUACAGCAACGACAAUGUCACCUGCAAACCAAGAUCAAUGUGCUACGAAGGAAAUGGCAUUCAAAAAUGUGCAGAAAAAGGAGCCACUUGCUGGGACGAUUUUAGUGUACGAGAAGGGUACAGAUGCGAUUGUCCCAUAGAUCAAGUAAAAGAUACAGACGGAAAAUGCAAAAACCUGUGUGACUUGAAGGAGAACCAAGACCACUGUAUCAAAAAGCAGGGUACUUGCAGUACAGAUGGCGGAAGAAUUAAAUGCGUAUGUCCUCCUUUAGUUACGCAAGAUACCGAAGGAAACUGCAAUAAACUAGCUUAA